AUGCCGCCCAAGCACAGUCGGAUGCACUGCACAUGCCUGGAACUUCCGGGCACGCGCAGUGCAUCCCGCCUGGCGCUGCUGGUCCUGCGGCGACCGGUGGAGCCACUGGCCUCAGUCCAAGGCCGAACGCAAACCCAGGCUGAGGAGAGACUCUUCAAGCACCUUUUCAAUGCAUACAACAAGUGGUCCAGGCCAGUCCCCAAUACCUCUGAUGUCGUUAUUGUCAGGUUCGGGCUGUCCAUUGCUCAGCUGAUUGACGUGGAUGAGAAGAAUCAAAUGAUGACCACCAACGUUUGGCUCAAGCAGGAAUGGAAUGACUACAAGCUGCAGUGGAACCCGGUGGAUUUUGACAACGUCACUUCCAUCCGAGCACCUUCAGAGAUGAUCUGGAUCCCAGACAUUGUGCUGUACAACAAUGCCGACGGGGAGUUUGCCGUGACGCACAUGACGAAGGCACACCUCUUCUCCAACGGCAGCGUGAAGUGGACCCCCCCGGCCAUCUACAAGAGCUCCUGCAGCAUCGACGUCACCUUCUUCCCCUUCGACCAGCAGAACUGCAAGAUGAAGUUCGGCUCGUGGACGUACGACAAAGCCAAGAUUGACCUGGAGAGCAUGGAGCGGCAGGUGGACCUCAAGGACUACUGGGAGAGCGGCGAGUGGGCCAUCAUCCACGCCGUGGGCACCUACAACACCAAGAAGUACGACUGCUGCACUGAGAUCUACCCCGACAUCACGUACAGCUUCGUCAUCCGGCGCCUUCCCCUCUUCUACACCAUCAACCUCAUCAUCCCCUGCCUCCUCAUCUCUUGCUUGACCGUCCUGGUCUUCUACCUGCCCUCCGACUGUGGGGAGAAGAUCACCCUCUGCAUCUCCGUCCUCCUGUCCCUCACUGUCUUCCUCCUCCUGAUCACCGAGAUCAUCCCGUCCACCUCCCUGGUCAUCCCUCUGAUCGGAGAGUACCUCCUCUUCACCAUGAUCUUCGUGACGCUCUCCAUCGUCAUCACGGUCUUCGUCCUCAACGUCCACCACCGCUCGCCCAGCACCCACAAGCUGCCCCAGUGGGUCCGUGCCGUCUUCCUGGACUUCAUCCCCAGGUGGCUCUUCAUGAAGAGGCCCCCGGUGCUGACGGCGGGGCUCAGGGUGGCCAGCGAAGAGGUGAUCGGGCAGUACGAUGCCCCUCCGGCAAAUCUGAGCACGUCCCGGUGCUGGCUGGAGACGGACGUGGACGAGAAGUGGAACGAAGAAGAUGACAGCAGUGGCAGCAGCGAGGAGAGGAGGAGGACCGGCCGCCUGCCCCUCCAAGGCACCUGCCCCCACCAUUGCCUCCAGUACCGUUACACCUGCGCCCGGCACCUGGGGAGGGGCUUCGUGGAACUGGUCCGCCGCCCGGCCACCAAAACGGAGACCCUAACAUCCUCUGAGCAAGGGCUGCAGCUAUCUCCAAGCAUCUUGAAAGCCCUGGAAGGGGUGCACUACAUUGCCAACCACCUGCGGGCUGAAGAUGCUGAUUUCUCGGUGAAGGAAGACUGGAAGUACGUCGCCAUGGUGAUUGACCGCAUGUUCCUCUGGAUGUUUGUCAUUGUCUGCUUGCUGGGGACGAUUGGACUCUUCCUCCCACCUUUCCUGGCAGGGAUGAUCUAGUAGGG